UCGGCAUUGAAGAAUCUCCUGACUAUUCCACACAAGGAAGAUUUCCAUCUCUACAACCAUCCUACAAACACUUUUGUAAUCUAUCAAUUCUAUUUUGAUGAAGCUUGUGUCUCCAAGAUGGAGAUAAAGUUCCAGAUCAUGUCUGAUCUUCAUCUUGAGACUCCCAAAGCCAGGCCGAACUACGAGCACUUCAAGAUCCAGCCCGCAUCUCCAUACCUAGCCCUAAUCGGUGAUAUCGAAAACACAUGGGAUCCUCGAUUGUUCUCUUUCCUCGAGGAGCAAUUGCAACAUUUCGAAAGAGUUUUCUACCUUCUUGGCAAUCACGAGCUAUACGAAUCGACCAUAUCUGUAGCCCAACAAGCUGUUCGCUCUUUUGCAGAUGAAAUGGAAAAGAUCCGCUCGCAACCAGGAACAAACAUUGGACGAUUCGUAUUCUUAAAUCAGACAAGACUUGAUCUCACAGACCACGUGACUGUCCUAGGAUGCACCCUCUUCUCGAGCAUCUCCAACGAACAACGCCAAUCAGUAACUCUUUUCUGCUCCGACUUCUCCGAGAUCGAAGAUUGGACGGUUGAUGCCCACAAUGCCGCACAUCAAUCUGAUCUCAAUUGGCUCAAUGAGCAAGUCGAGCUCCUCGAACGCCAUGAGCCGCACCGUAAGAUUGUGGUCUUCACCCAUCAUAGUCCGACACUUCUUGAAGAGGCAAACGAUAGUAGACAUCUUGAAGAUGUGAAUGGCGUGAACUCGGCGUUUGUGACUGAUCUCUCGGAUCAGCAGUGCUGGAAGAGCGACACUGUUAGGAUCUGGGCCUUUGGACAUACGCAUUUCAAUUGCGAUUUCGAGGAAGCCGGAACGAGGAAACGAAUUGUGGCGAAUCAGAAAGGGUACGGAAGGACCGAAUUGGAGACAUUUGAUCCAGGUAGGGUGAUCGAAGUUGAUUCAGCAGAGUUCGAGGUGGACGCCAAAACAUGAAUGUUGGCACAACUCAGAACACUGCGGCCAAUACUUGAUUUCCAAAAAAGCAAAAACGGCCCCCCAUUCUGGCCAAAGUUG